UCUCUCAGUACUUGUCAUCCGCGAGUGUGUGUGAAAACUGUCUAUUAUUAAACAUUUCACUUAUAUUCACUCUUUUUUUUCUCUCUCUCUUUCUUUCACUUUUAAACAUACCAGUGCUCUGUUUUGAUACAGUAUUACAGAGGAAACUCAAUGAUUAAAUUCAGUGGAAAUUCUCACAACAAAAAACAGUUUACAUCUACUGGUUUGAACUGUUUGUUUGAUUGAUUGAUUGAAGACAUUGAAUAUACGGUAGUAUUUAUCACACCGUCAGCAAUGGUUAUGAACUAUUGUCACAAAAACGAGAUGGCAAUGGCCUGGUUGGACAUGUGUUGUGUACAAAAUUCAUUGUUUUGCGGGCCAUCCAAGACUAUACUAAACUCUUUGAACGGUUGUAUCAAUUUUCAUACAUUGACAGCACUGAUGGGUCCUUCCGGUGCUGGAAAGACAACACUAUUGAAGUGUAUUAAUAUGCGGCCCAACUGUGGCCUCACUAGCGAUUCGCAAAUGUUUGUCAACAAAUAUACUGAUUUAAGGACUUGUUUUAUAAUGCAAUCGUCUGAUGAACACCUGUUCAUGGGUUUGACAGUCAGAGAAUCAUUAUUAUUUGCAUCGAGAAUAAAGAAUCGGUCGUCAAAACGGGAGCUCAACUAUCGGGACAGUUAUGCACAAACUGGUACCUCAUUGUUAAAUCUAAACGAUGUCCGCGAAGACGGAUCCGAUGAAAGCUAUGAGUCGACAGCAGUGACAAUGGAGAAGUGGUCCGAUCCGUACGAUAAAAAUGGCAAUUUUGAUCACAACAUGAAUAUCAUGAAAAUACUUCAGGAACUCCUACUGGAAGACUGUGCCGACAAUGCUGUCCAUACGUGUAGUGGCGGAGAACAGAAACGACUUUCCGUCGGUCUUGAAUUGGUUCAGCAAAUUAAGCCAAACCUCUUGUGUAUCGAUGAGCCCACCAGUGGUUUAGAUAGUAAUGCAUCGGAAAUGGUUAUACAAUGCCUGAAACAACUAUCAGAUCGGCACCGGAUGGCAAUUGUCACUUCAAUACAUCAGCCGAACUCACUAUUGUUGUCAAUGUUUGAUCAGUUGUAUGUUCUGUCCAAAGGUGGUCACUGUGUGUUUGCCGGUCGACCCAAUCAUCUGCGCGAUCAUCUGACGACAUGCGACAUCAACUGUGCCGAAGAUAUACUACCCAUUGAAAUGCUAUUGAAAAUUUCAUCAAAGUUUCCCAACAAUUCAUAUAAUAAAUAUAGCAAAACUAAUGGCUCUAACAAUGUAGAAGACGAGACAAUGACUAUAAAUAACAAUAAUAAUGAAAUCGAUCGACUCAUUGAUAUUACUAUAAAACAAGUACCGGAUAUUGUGGCCGAGUGUCAAACCAAUGGCCGAUUUGUGUCCAAAUCUAUUAACAAACACACAAAAUAUUUUAAUUUUUAUCACUUUUACUAUUUAUUAAUGCGAGGAAUCACUUGUUUUAUCCGAUCUGAAUGGCGAGUGAGCGCCGCGUUGGCCACUUUUUCAAUAGUGGUAGCAGUUAUGUUAAUCUAUUUGUACGGUACCGACAUUGGCCAGGAAAACGGCUGUAUGGACUUAUACGCUGCCGCCGUUGCGGUGGCCAACCGUACACCAACACAGGUCUCAUCGCUGGAACAGUCGCUCAGACUGUUGAGCCAAGAAUCCAAAGUAUCUCUUAAUCUCAAGUGUCAGUUCUUUGUGGUGGUAUUUCUGCAGUUUGUGUCAAUGGCCUGCACUAUACUGGUGUUCCCGUCAGAGGUACGGAUAUUUCUCAACGAACACCACAACAAGUGGUAUUCUACCAGUUCAUACUUCUGGUCCAAAUUUAUGCUGGAAAUACCCGUUUCUAUUGUCAUAUCAUAUGUUUACUCAUUUAUCAUAUACUACGGCACCGGACAACUAUCCGAUGCCUACCGUUACGCUUAUUUUACUUUAAUUGUCACAUUUGGUAUGUCCAUAGCCAACAGUGCCGGUACACUUGUAGGCAUUAUAUUUGCCCGAAGCUUUCAAGUGGCCACCACAUCGGGUGUUGUCCUAUUUCUUGUGCUGGUCCUGUUGUCCGGUUUUUUCGUACCGUUAACCAUACAACACGAAAUUAUUCGUUCAUCCAGUUAUCUAUCGUUUAUAAAGUUAACAUUUGAGGCAAUAAUGGUAUCCAUCUAUGGUAUCGAUCGGUGCGAGUCGACCCAAAUAUCUAUAAUGUUACACCAAUUGGAGCUCAACGAUGACGAUCUGACUAUUAACUCCUACUGGAUAGUUGGCCAUUUAAUAGUGUGGCGUCUAUUGGCACUGUUGGCACUGAUAUAUCGGGCCAACGACUGGAGUAUUGCUAAUCUGAUCCAACGACAAAACAAAGCUAAGCAAUUGACUACUACUACUGUGAUGACCGACAAUAAAAGUAUUACAUUUACUGCAAACUACUUGAACACAGAUAACAAGUCUACAAGUGAUACAUAAUUUAAGUCAAAUUUUAACCUAAUAG